CUCUCACAUAAACCCUAGAUAAACCCAGUCCAGGACACACACAUUCUCUCUGUCUCUCUCAUAUGCAAGUCUCAGACAUGAGAGCUCUAAGACUCAUCUUCUACACCCAAAACCAGAGACUGCAACGCCUCAAUCCUUCGAUUCCCAAUUCACUCUCUUCUUUUCCCCAAAUUUCCCGCCACUUCCCUCACUCCACUCCCUCUCUCCACCAUUCCAACCCCACCGCCGAAACCGCCCCUCGCGCUUGGUCUAUUUACGACCCUGCCCCUGGCACCGACGGAAAUGGGGAUGCGAAGAAGCCCAAUUUGGACAUUGUCGGGAACAAGAAGAAAGGGAAGGCGAGAUUCUCUUGGGUCUGCGCCGAUUGCGGCCACUCCGACGGGCAGUGGUGGGGCACGUGCCGCGAGUGCAAUGCCGUUGGUACCUUGAAGCGGUUCUCGGAAGGUGGAUCAGCUGAGGUUUCCGAGGGGAAGACGUGGCUCUCGCACAAGGCCGGAGGGUCGCGGCCGAUGCGGUUGACGGACGUCAAUCGAGGGAUCAAUCAGUUGAAUUGGCGAAUUCCACUGUACGGACCCUUUGGAAAUGAGGUUUCUAGGGUGCUUGGUGGUGGUAUUGUACCAGGUUCUUUGGUUUUAGUUGGUGGUGAUCCUGGAGUUGGCAAGAGUACACUGUUGUUGCAGAUUGCUGCUAUGAUAGCUGAAAGGAAUGAUCUUGGUCAACCAGCACCAGUUGUGUAUGUUUCUGGUGAAGAGAGUGUUGAGCAAAUUGGAAACAGAGCUGACCGUUUGAGUAUAGGAGCAGAUGAACUUUUCUUAUAUUCUAAUACUGAGAUUGAGGACAUAUUAGGGAAAAGUCAGCCCCUCUCGCCUCGGGUUAUAAUUGUCGAUUCAAUUCAAACUGUUUAUUUAGAAGGUGUGGCUGGAAGUGCUGGAGGGCCUGCACAGGUGAAGGAAUGCACAUCAGCCUUGCUGCGUUUUGCGAAGAAGACUAACAUCCCCAUUCUUUUGAUUGGACAUGUGACAAAAUCCGGAGAUUUAGCAGGACCUCAUGUCUUGGAGCACAUUGUUGAUGUUGUUUUAUAUAUGGAAGGGGAGAAGUACUCAUCCUAUCGUUUGCUUAGAUCUCUGAAGAAUCGUUUCGGAUCCACCGAUGAGCUUGGAGUAUUUGAAAUGUCACAAUCUGGACUGCAAGCUGUUUCGAACCCCAGUGAGAUGUUUUUAAGUGAUCAGUACUCAGAUUCAGAGUAUUUAGCUGGACUAGCUGUGGCUGUGAUUAUGGAUGGAUCUCGAACUUUCCUAAUCGAAGUUCAGGCAUUAUGUGCAUCUGGGUCAAUAGCUUCAAGGCAAGUUAAUGGCAUUCAAGCAAGCAGAGCUGACAUGAUUAUUUCUGUUCUGAUGAAGCAAACUGGCCUCAAGCUUCAAGAGAAUGCAAUCUUUUUAAAUGUUGUUAGUGGGGUGAAGCUGAGUGAGACUGCUGGGGAUCUUGCAGUAGCGGCAGCAAUUUGUAGCAGUUUUUUGGAGUUUCCUAUUCCAAACAAUAUUGCGUUCAUUGGUGAAGUUGGACUUGGCGGUGAGGUUCGCACGGUACCUAGAAUGGAGAAAAGGGUAAACACAGUGGCAAAACUGGGCUAUAAAAUGUGUAUUGUUCCCAAAUCAGCUGAGAAAUCUUUAGGAUCUCAUGGUUUUGAAGGAAUGGAAAUCAUAGGCUGCAGGAAUCUGAAAGAGGUUAUUAACACCGUGUUCAGGGCACACUGAAAUGAAGAAGGAGAUCAGGUUUACUCCUUGUGUUACAUUAAGAUUUGUAGAAAUUCUGUAAAUCUUAGGUAUGAAAACGUUACACAUGAAAAAUAGUACAAUUAUUCCAACCGCAUAGCAAAAUGAAUUAAUUGUUUAUUUUGGCGCCCUUUGCUGAUCCCUAAUCAAUUAUAUUGUAUUUUCCUUUA